AAUCAAUACACAACACUGGCGCAUGCGUUGUUCUGACUGCGGCAGUUCGUCGGGAAAGAAUUAACAUACAGCUGUCGUGAAGAUUACAUAACAUCAAGAUGGCCGACAUAUUUGUGGCGCUCACCCCAUUCACCAAAGACUGCGUCAUAUUUGGAAAAAACGCCAAUCAACCACCAACGGACGUACAACAAGUCAUCUACUGCGCAGGCGCAGAUUAUACAACCGGAAGUAAAGUCAAGACGACACUGUUAGAAAUAGACCAAGUCAGUAGAACCCACGCAUGCGUUCUCAGCCAGACGGCGGGGUCAUGGGGAGCGGAAAUGGGAGCCAACGACCAGGGAGUCUGCGCUGGAUAUACUUCCGUUUUCACUAAGUUAUCCAGCUUAGAAGGAAACAUGCUGACUCCAUCCGAUCUUACUAGACUGAUUCUAGAAAGAUCGGGUUCCGCUAAGUCUGCUGUUCAGACUGUGACGUCAUUGAUAGAUCAGCAUGGGCAGGGAGGGAGGUUUGGAGUGGACAACCCCCGGCCUUACUGUGGCGUUUUCCUGAUCGCAGACAGAGACGAGGCGUGGGUGGUGGAGUGUGCCGGGAAGUCAUGGGUCGCUAAACAAAUCACAGAGGGCACAUGCGCUAUUUCAAAUUGUCUCUCAAUAUCUACGGACUAUACCAUGACGUCAUCAAACCUCCAAGAACAAAGCGUGACGUCGGGACACUGGUCUUCAGAAAAGGGACCAGUAGAUUUUGCUGUCGCGUUUGGAGACGACCCUCCAACUGAGAUCGGUUGUACGAACCCCACAGAACGUCGCAGUACCGGAAGUGACCUGCUGAAGAAUAUCGCGAACCACGGAUCGUUUUCCACCAAAGAUAUGUUUGAAAUUUUAAGAAAAAUGGCGAUCGAGGACAGCCGUCUGCUACAAACAACCGGAAGUCACGUGACUAUUCUGUCGUCUGCUGGUUUACCCGACAGCCAUUGGUUCACGGGUACUCCCUGUCCGAGUUUAUCCGUCUUCAAACCCUUCAUGUUUUCUGACAAUGUAGACAUUGGUGAUUAUACCCGCUCUCUUUCCAAGGACGACAAACGCCAUGUUCUCUACAAGUAUCACGAGAAAGCGCGAGAGUUAAUGGCUAGUGGGUCACCCAAGGGCGAGGCUCUGUCUCAACUCAUGAGGAGUUUGGAAGGGAAAUGUGUUGUUGAAAUGGAUGAAUUCUGUCAGCAGUUUUCUGUGGAAAAUAUUUCAGAUGUGGACGAACUUUUCAAGGAUAUUUGUGAAUCCGAGAUUAAGUUUUAUCUUUGAUUUCUUGAACGUUGCUUACAUAAUAAUAGGCGAAGAUGUGACAAACCAUGCUUACACAAUAAUUGACAAAGACCACACUUUUACCAAAAACUCACUGAAGACCCGCAGCUUAGAAGUAAAGCUAUAAACGCUACAUGUAAAUUUAUCCAGGACAAAGCAAACAUUGCUUAUACAAACGCUUUGUAAAAUGGCCUUCAUACAUUUUCGAACUAAAGGAAUAAUAGGGUGCCUAUAAACGUAUUUUUGUUUGGCCUUAGUGUAUUCAAAGUAGCGAAACUGGAUGUGCAUUUUGCUCUCUGCUUUAUAAUUUCAGAAAAAAGACAAAGUUUAUAGCAGAAUGACAGAAAAUAAAGCUAUUGAUAAAACUGUC